CUACGAUACACCUCGCGCGUACUCAUACCUGGCAUAUUAUGGUCAACUCCAUAAGCCAUUGAGAAAGACAGUCGAAGUGAAACAAAGCGAGUUACUGCAUUGUUUACGAUCUGUUCACAUUCUACAAGAUGCCGAGAGUCGCUAAAACUUUCGCUUUUGGGCGAAAGAAGAGACGUGGUCCUAAUGCUAAGCCAAGAGGGAGGCAUGCCACCACGCAGGUGUGUGAAGAUGGAGUGGAAACAACCGAAGAUGUCGACAUGGAUGAACCUACUUCGCCAGUUCAGCCUCUUGCUAUGAAUGAAUUCGGUCCAUCAUCUUCAGCCCCUCAAAUUGACAGUGAGCCAGCUCCCGUUGAAGACGACGAGGAAACAGAAACCCAAACAAAUUCAUCGCGGUGUGAGCAGAAGAUGUCAGCCUUCGUAGAUCAUUCUUCGUCCCCUGACCCUGAAGCAGAGCGAUACUACCUGGUACAUUCGUCGUUUUUUCUCGCUAUGCUAGAUAUUAUUGUAUGCCCCUUCUGCUUUGGCUCCGAUCUAUCCCUUGAUGCGUCAAGCGACAUCGGUAUGGCUUGUCGUUUUACCGUGGAAUGCAAUACAUGCCAGAAACCAGUCUGGUCAAAGUGCACUUCGCCGAAAUCAACACGUCGACACGACAUCAACGUCCGUGCGGUCGUAGCCUCUAAGGAGUGCGGUGUGCCGCUGAGCACCAUGAAGACGAUGUUCAGCAUCAUGAACAUGCCCAACGUCAUGCACCACAAGACGUUCCAUGAAAUCGGCCUAGAAGUGAGAGAGGCUGCCAUCGGUGCUGCAGAGGAAGUUAUGUCGGCUUCUGCCCGAGUCAUUAAAGAACGUCAUCAAUCCAACGUGUACGCAACUGAACGAUCAAGUCCAUCUGGCGUUCAAGUUGUCAACGUUUCCUACGACGGCACGUGGCACAAGCGAGGUCACUCGUCACACUAUGGAGUAGGUGUGGCGAUUGAUGUGGACAGUGGUUAUGUACUGGACACAUAUACAGUGUCUAAUUUCUGCACAGGGUAUACUCGUGCGCCAGAUCCCGACUCCUCACAGUACUUGUCCUGGUUCGAACGGCACAAACCUUUGUGUAACAAAAAUUUUUAUGGCUCCUCUAACGCAAUGGAGAAACUAGAGCAGCUGAGGUGA